AUGGGCGAUAAGCUUUUCUCGAAAAUCAAACACGACAUCGCCAAGGAGAUUUCGAGGCUUUCAAAGAUGGACGAGAGGCGUUCAAUGAACAUGAACGAGACGGAGAUAACCACCGUCGACAUUAAGAUGAAGAUGGGCACCGUCGAAGAUCGGCGGGACUGGAAUAUAAUGCGAUCUCACUGGGAGCAGAUUUGCGGAGAGGGAGCGCUGGUUGAACAGCUCGAGAGAUCAGCCCUCAAGUUGAUGGAGUACCGGAUCCUCCAAGACUACGCCAGCUACCUCGACAAGAACCAUAGCCUUAUCCAAACGAAAAAGGAAAUCUGGGACGAGUUGUCCCACCCUUUCAAUAUGUGCUGGGGCUACAUCUCCUCUGCUUUCGCGAAGGAAGAGAAAGAAUUCCGGCUUGCCUGGGCAGCCACCAACGACGAGAACAAGUGGCCGGCAACUCCUUGGAAGAGCGAUGCUACCCGCGCUGUCAUGGAUCUUGGAACGGAGUUGACCACCAGACAACUCAUCGAGGAGGUACACGAACAUGUUAAAAGGAACAAGCGCAGGGUGAACGGUGUCAACUGGCUGAUCCGGAAGGGUGAAUGGUACAAUCUGGCAACCCAAAUCUUGAGGGAUCUGAAGGCCCUUGACAUUGUGUACCCGCCGUCGCGUAGCGGCGACAAGAACAGCAUCAAACUCGCCAUCGAGAGGCUUCGUGAUCGCCGAAGGAUAGCACGACUUAAUCGGGAUUCCGCCACCCAACUCGGUUUCGGCGCCCUCAACACGCGCGUCAUCAUCACCCGCGGGACCGUCACGCAGACCGGUACCGUCUCCUGUAUCUGGACCAAUAGCCUCCUCGCCAACAGCCUGCAGCCCAUUCUCUCGUUCCUCUACCUCAUCCACAACAGCCGCCUAACCGCCAUCCUCGCCGCCACCGAGUGGGACUCGUAUGGCAGUUCCACUCCUGCGAGCAAGAGCCUCCGUGUCUCUGGUAUCCCGCGCGGCAAGCAGCGCGGCACGUACUUCCUGCAACUGCCGUUCCGCUUCGCUGUGCCGCUGAUGUGCUGGUCCGCAAUGCUGCACUGGUUCGCGUCGCAGAGCCUGUUCACGGUCAGCCUGGUGCUAGACGGCCACGGUACCGUGUUCACGUGCGGGUACUCGCCGACUGCGCUGUUGUUUCUGUUCGCUGCGUCCGCGGUGCCGCCGGUUUUCUUGCUUUGGAUGGCGCUCAAACGGUUCAAGAAUGGGGUUCCCGUAGCAGGAAGUAGUAGCGCGGCGAUUGCGGCGGCAUGCCAUCGGCCGGUAGGAGGAGGCGGCGGAGAAGGAAGAGAGGGCGACGGAAGGGUCAUUGCGGAGGGCCUGUUAGGCUGGGGAGUGCUGCACGAGCAGACGGGUGGAGGGAGGAAUCAGUCGCAAUACUGCCGGCUCAGGCCGAUUGCCGUGCCGUUUCUGGAGGAUGAGGUGGUGGCGGAGGCGAUGUCGUUUGAGCGGUGGAAGGAGGUCGUGCAGAGAACGGUGGAGAAGGAAGGGUUGCCGGCUUGCCGGUGCUGCCCGCGGGGAAGGUGA